UGUCAUGUCUUCGACCCGCACGCAUUGGGAACCGCAUGGUGGCGAAUUGCGUCCACACAAACUGAAGUUCUCAAGUAAUCACAUAUGUUUUCUCAAUAGUUGCCGCCUAAUACGAUACAAUGUCGCAAUUACAAGCGAGAUUCUUCACCGAAAACAAAAAGUAUCUGAUAGAUGAUGUUCCAUUCUCCAUCCCUGCCGCCUCCGAGGUAACAGAUCUCAGUGGGAUCAUCAACAAACUGCUCGAAGCUAAACAUGCCGGACACAAACAUGUUGAGUUUGACUUUUUGGUUCGAGCGCAGUUUCUUCGCACCUCACUGGCCAAUCACAUGGAGACGGAGAACAUCUCAACGGAGGAAGUAGUGGAGAUCGAGUAUGUCGAGAAGUUCACAGCCCCGCAGCCAGAAGAGUGCAUCAUGCAUGAUGACUGGAUCAGCUCAGUCCAGGCAGAUUCAGAGUGGAUCCUUACAGGCUCUUACGAUAAGACUGCUCGGAUCUGGUCUAUGGAGGGGAAGGCGGUGAUGACCGUUGCCGGACACACAGAUGUUGUGAAGGAUGUUGCCUGGGUGAAGAGAGAUGGUCUGAACUCUGUUUUUCUGACGGCAUCUCUGGAUCAAACCGUCCUUCUGUGGGAGUGGAAUUCUGAACGGAAUAAAGUAAAAGCCAGACACUGUUGCCGUGGUCACGCGGGAAGUGUAGACACGAUUGCCGUCGAUCCCACCAGGACGAAAUUUUGCAGUGGCUCAUGGGAUAAAAUGCUUAAAAUUUGGUCAGCAGUAUUGACAGAAGAAGAGGAUGAGAUGGAGGAACCUAACAGACCUCGCAAAAAACAAAAGACAGAGCAGAUGGGACUCACGCGGACUCCUCUCAUGACUCUCUCGGGUCACAAUGAGGCAGUGUCCUCUGUGCUAUGGAUGGAUGAGGAGCUGUGCAGUGCAUCAUGGGAUCACACCAUCCGUUUUUGGGAUGCAGAGACUGGUGGACAGAAGAGCACAUUAACGGGCAGUAAAGUUUUUAACUGCAUCUCAUACUCUCCGCUGUGUCGUCGCUUGGCCUCUGGCAGCACUGACAGACAUGUACGUCUGUGGGAUCCGAGAUCUAAAGAUGGAUCUCUAGUUCUCCUCUCACUAACAUCCCAUAAUGGUUGGGUGACUGCGGUCAGGUGGUCUCCUUCCAAUGAACAGCAGCUGGUGUCAGGAUCUCUGGACAACAUGGUGAAACUGUGGGACAUCAGGAGUUAUAAAGCACCGCUCUAUGACCUUGCUGCUCAUGAAGACAAAGUUCUGUGUGCAGACUGGACAGAGAAUGAGUUGAUUUUGAGCGGUGGAGCAGAUAACAAACUCUACACAUACAGAUACUCGGCCUGUGUUUCUGAUGCUGGAGCAUAGACACCAUUCUCCGUUUCCAUGCCUACAUCAAAGUUUUUAUUUUACGUCAGCAUCACCGUUGAUCACCACAAGCUCAACAUUUAUUUGGCUUGAAAACCCAAAGAUAUUUUUACUGUAAAAUAAAUUCAUUCAAUCCUCAUUGAUCAACAAAAGCAGAAUAAAUUUAUGUAAUUCAUGUCUUAUGUAAUUCUCAGUAUUUUGUGUUUUACAUAAAUGCAAUGCAUAGUUUUAUGCUUUUGUCAUCA